AGAAAAGUAUAUAAAGGCUGCCACCUUCGUAAUCGGAAGGCUCGUAGCUAGCCAAGUUGUAAGUUAAAGAAUGGAAUUAAGAAGUGAAAAUAAACUUCUAUUUGCAUUAUAAUAUACUUCAAAAUAUACAUACAUAUGAGAUAAAUAACAACAGUUAUCAUGUCUAUGAUAAUAACUUCAGACUCUAAGGCUGCCCUAAGGGAAGUCAAAAGAGUACAAUUUGGUAUCCUGAGUCCUGAUGAAAUUAAACGGAUGUCUGUUACUGAAGGAGGAGUCCGAUAUCCUGAAAUUUAUGAAAGUGGGCGUCCGAAGCUUGGAGGCCUUAUGGAUCCACGCCAAGGUGUUAUUGAUAAAGCUUCCCGUUGUCAAACUUGUGCUGGGAAUAUGGCUGCGUGUCCUGGUCAUUUUGGACAUGUUGAAUUAGCCAAGCCUGUUUUUCAUGUUGGAUUUCUGAAGAAAAGCAUUAAAAUUAUGAGGUGUGUGUGCUUUUAUUGUUCUAAACUGAAGGUUUCACCUACAAAUCCAAAAAUCAAAGAAAUUAUAGGAAAAACAAAAAACCAACCCAGAAAGCGUCUGGCUCAUGUUUAUGAGCUUUGCAAAGGAAAGAAUAUUUGUGAAGGAGGUGAUGAAAUUGAUACAAAACUUGGACAAGAGUCUACAUUGCAUGAUGAUGGUAGUAAGAAAUCUGGUCAUGGAGGUUGUGGUAGAUAUCAACCUUCAAUCCGUCAAAGUGGCUUGGAUUUAACAGCUGAAUGGAAGCAUAUAAAUGAAGAUUCACAAGAAAGAAAAAUAGCUUUGACUGCUGAAAGAGUCUGGGAAAUAUUUAAGCAUAUAUCAGAUGAAGAAUGUGUUAUUAUGGGCAUGGAUCCAAAAUAUGCUAGACCUGAUUGGAUGAUUGUGACUGUCUUACCUGUGCCUCCUCUCCCAGUUAGACCAGCUGUAGUGAUGUUUGGUUCUGCAAGAAAUCAAGAUGAUCUUACGCACAAACUCUCUGAUGUAGUUAAAGCAAAUAAUGAGUUAAUUAGAAAUGAACAAAGUGGAGCAGCUGCUCAUAUUAUUGCAGAAAAUAUUAAAAUGCUGCAAUUUCAUGUUGCUACUAUCGUUGAUAAUGAAUUACCUGGACUGCCUAGAGCUAUGCAAAAAAGUGGCAGACCCUUAAAAUCUAUAAAACAAAGAUUAAAAAGUAAAGAAGGUAGAAUUCGAGGCAACCUUAUGGGAAAGAGAGUUGACUUUUCUGCUCGAACGGUCAUUACACCUGAUCCAAAUUUAGCUAUCUUCGAAGUUGGUGUUCCUAGAUCUAUAGCACAAAACUUGACUUUUCCUGAAAUAGUCACGCCAUUUAAUAUUGAUAAGAUGCAUGAACUUGUACAAAGAGGAAACAAUCAGUAUCCUGGAGCGAAGUACAUUGUCCGUGAUAGUGGUGAAAGAAUUGAUUUAAGAUUUCACCCAAAAGCUAGUGACUUGCAUCUGCAGUGUGGCUAUAGAGUUGAACGUCAUGUGAGAAAUGGUGAUGUUAUUGUGUUCAAUCGACAACCAACUCUGCACAAAAUGUCUAUGAUGGGUCACCGCAUAAGAGUUUUACCAUGGUCUACAUUCCGAAUGAAUUUAAGUGUGACAACUCCAUAUAAUGCUGAUUUUGAUGGAGAUGAAAUGAAUCUUCAUGUGCCUCAAUCUCUUGAAACUAGAGCAGAAAUACAGGAGCUGGCUCUUGUGCCUAGAAAUAUAAUCACUCCACAAUCAAAUAAACCAGUAAUGGGUAUUGUACAGGAUACUCUUACUGCUGUGAGAAAAAUGACUAAAAGAGAUGUUUACUUGGAAAAAGAUCAAAUGAUGACGCUAUUGAUGUUUCUUCCCAUUUGGGAUGGUAAAGUUCCAAUGCCUGCUAUUUUGAAGCCUAAGCCACUUUGGACUGGAAAACAGUUGUUUUCCUUGAUAAUUCCUGGAAAUGUCAAUUUGAUUCGUACACACAGCACUCACCCAGAUGAAGAGGAUGAUGGGCCAUACAAAUGGAUUUCUCCUGGGGACACUAAAGUAUUAAUUGAACAUGGAGAAUUAGUGAGUGGAAUUGUUUGUAAAAAGACUGUAGGAGCUUCAAGUGGAUCUUUGAUGCACGUUUUAUUUUCUGAAUUGGGACACGAAGUUGCUGGAGCUUUCUAUGGCCAUAUCCAAAUGGUUGUUAACAAUUGGCUUUUGUUAGAGGGUCACAGCAUUGGUAUUGGUGAUACUAUUGCUGAUCCACAAACCUACAUUGAUAUCCAAAAUACAAUUAAAAAGGCAAAAAUGGACGUGAUAGAAGUAAUUGAAAAAGCCCACAAUGAUGAUCUUGAACCAACACCUGGUAAUACUUUAAGACAAACUUUUGAAAACCAAGUGAAUCGUAUUCUUAAUGAUGCUCGUGACAAAACUGGUGCCAGUGCUCAAAAAUCUUUGUCAGAGUUUAACAACUUCAAAGCUAUGGUAGUAUCUGGGGCAAAAGGAUCAAAAAUUAAUAUAUCUCAAGUUAUUGCUUGUGUAGGGCAACAAAACGUUGAAGGUAAAAGAAUACCGUUUGGUUUUAGAAAACGUACUCUUCCUCAUUUCAUCAAAGAUGAUUAUGGUCCUGAAAGCAGAGGAUUUGUGGAGAAUUCAUAUCUUGCUGGCUUAACACCAUCAGAAUUCUUUUUCCAUGCCAUGGGAGGUCGUGAAGGUCUCAUUGAUACUGCUGUAAAAACUGCUGAAACUGGUUAUAUUCAGCGACGUUUGAUAAAGGCUAUGGAAAGUGUAAUGGCUACAUAUGAUGGCACCGUCAGAAAUAGUACUGGUCAAGUUAUUCAGUUCCGUUAUGGAGAAGAUGGAUUAGAUGGAAUUUGCGUUGAGUUUCAAUCUUUACCUACAUUAAAACCAUCUGACAAAGCUUUUGAAAAGCGUUUUAAAUUUGAUGCUGCAAAUGAGAGAUAUUUAAGGAGAAUUUUUAUUGAAGAAGUUGUACGAGAAGUACUUGGGGAUUCAAAGGCUGUUGGUGAAUUUGAAAAAGAAUGGGAAACUCUGAAAGCAGAGCGAGAAGUUUUACGAACCAUAUUUCCUACUGGUGAUAGUAAGGUUGUUUUGCCAUGUAAUCUUCAAAGAAUGAUAUGGAAUGCUCAGAAAAUCUUCCAUGUGCAUACACGAUCUCCCACUGAUUUAAGUCCCUUAAGAGUCAUGCAAGGAGUCGAAAAUCUUGUUAAGAAAAUAGUUAUUGUGCCUGGUGAAGACAGACUUAGUGUUCAAGCAAAUGAUAAUGCUACUAUUCUGUUCAGAGCUUUACUUCACUCUACAUUGUGCACUAAACGGGUUUCUGAAGAGUUCCGCUUAUCUACAGAAGCUUUUGAUUGGCUCUUGGGAGAAAUUGAAACCCGUUUCCAGCAAGCUCAAGUACAACCUGGUGAAAUGGUUGGUGCAUUAGCAGCUCAGUCUCUUGGUGAACCUGCUACUCAAAUGACACUAAACACUUUCCAUUAUGCUGGUGUAUCAGCUAAAAAUGUAACACUUGGUGUACCCAGGUUAAAAGAAAUCAUCAAUAUUUCUAAAAAACCUAAGACUCCUUCUUUAACUGUAUUCUUGACCGGAGCAGCUGCUCGAGAUGCUGAAAAAGCUAAAGAUGUACUUUGCCGGUUAGAGCACACAACUUUGAGAAAAGUCACUGCUAAUACUGCAAUUUACUAUGAUCCAGAUCCGCAAAAUACUGUUAUUGCUGAAGAUCAAGAAUUUGUAAAUGUUUAUUAUGAAAUGCCAGACUUUGACCCUUCACGAAUUUCCCCCUGGCUGUUGAGAAUUGAAUUAGAUCGUAAAAGAAUGACUGAUAAGAAAUUAACCAUGGAACAAAUUGCUGAAAAAAUCAAUGCUGGUUUCGGAGAUGAUUUAAACUGCAUUUUCAACGAUGAUAAUGCUGAAAAACUUGUUUUACGAAUUAGAAUUAUGAAUAAUGAUGACAAUAAAUUGCAAGAAGAGGAAGAACAAGUAGACAAAAUGGAAGAUGAUGUUUUCUUACGGUGUAUUGAAGCGAAUAUGUUGAGUGACAUGACACUGCAAGGAAUAGAAGCUAUUGCUAAAGUAUAUAUGCACUUGCCAACUACUGAUAAUAAAAAACGAAUUGUGAUUACUGAAACUGGUGAAUUCAAACCAAUUGCUGAAUGGCUUUUGGAAACUGAUGGAACAAGCUUAAUGAGAGUAUUGAGUGAAAAAGAUGUUGAUCCUGUUAGAACCUAUUCCAAUGACAUUUGUGAAAUAUUUGAAGUAAUGGGAAUUGAGGCUGUAAGAAAAGCAGUCGAAAAAGAAAUGAACCAUGUCAUCUCUUUUGAUGGUUCAUAUGUAAAUUAUCGUCAUCUUGCAUUGCUUUGUGAUGUUAUGACAGCCAAAGGUCAUCUGAUGGCCAUCACUCGACAUGGUAUUAAUCGUCAAGAUACUGGACCAUUAAUGAGAUGUUCUUUUGAAGAAACUGUUGAUAUUCUACUUGAUGCUGCUUCCCAUGCUGAAUUAGAUCCCCUUAAAGGUGUAUCAGAAAAUAUAAUCAUGGGGCAGCUGGCAAGAAUGGGCACAGGUGCAUUUGAUUUAUUACUUGAUGCAGAAAAAUGUAAAUAUGGUAUAGAAAUACCUCUUUCUGGUGCAAUGGGCGGACCUGGUGUAUUCUUUGGAAGUGUGGCCAGCCCUAGCAGUGGCAUGUCUCCACAAAUGACACCCUGGAAUCAAGGCACUACUCCAGCAUAUGCAAAUGCUUGGUCACCAGGUUUAGGUAGUGGUAUGACUCCUGGUGCUGCAGGUUUCUCUCCAUCGGCUGCAAGUGAUGCUAGUGGAUACAGUCCUGGCUAUAGCCCUGCUUGGUCCCCUCAGCCUGGAUCUCCCGCCUCUCCUGCAUCACCUUAUAUUCCUAGCCCUGUUGGAGCCAUGUCACCUAGUUAUUCUCCAUCAUCACCAUCUUUUGCUCCGACUUCACCAUCUUUGACACCACAAAGCCCAAGUUAUUCUCCUACUUCACCAUCUUAUUCUCCAACGUCUCCUAAUUAUAGCCCUACCAGUCCUAGUUACUCACCAACCAGUCCUAGUUACUCACCUACUAGUCCAAGUUAUUCACCUACCAGUCCAAGUUAUUCGCCAACUAGCCCAAGCUACUCACCUACCAGUCCAAGUUACUCACCUACCAGUCCAAGUUAUUCGCCUACUAGCCCGAGCUACUCACCAACAAGUCCAAGCUACUCACCAACGAGUCCAAGCUACAGCCCGACAAGCCCAAGUUACAGUCCUACAAGCCCUAGUUACAGCCCAACAAGUCCUAGCUAUUCUCCAAGUUCUCCAAAUUAUACCCCAGCAUCGCCUUCUUAUUCCCCAACUAGCCCUAGCUACUCCCCAACAAGUCCAAGUUAUUCUCCUACUUCACCAUCUUACAGUCCUACCAGCCCUAGCUAUUCACCUAGCUCUCCGAGUUAUUCUCCUCAAAGUCCAAGCUACAGUCCUGGAAGUCCUAAUUAUUCUCUUACAAGUCCAAAAUACUCGCCUACAUCUCCAUCCUACAGUCCUACCAGUCCAAGUUAUUCACCUGGAUCACCACAAUAUACACCAACUUCUCCCAAAUAUAGUCCAACUUCUCCAACUUAUUCGCCAACUUCUCCAUCAUAUUCCCCUAGCAGUCCUAAAUAUUCCCCUUCAAGCCCUCAAUAUUCACCAACAAGUCCCUCUUAUACUCCAACGUCACCGAAGUACAGCCCACCAUCGCCAACUUAUAGUCCUUCCUCGCCAAAAUAUUCUCCUACUUCACCUUCAUACUCUCCUACGUCUCCUCAAUACAGUCCUACUUACUCUGUUACAAGUCCUAAAGGUUCGGCUUAUUCCCCUACAAGUCCUGGUUACUCACCAUCUUCUCCAACCAGCCCCGAUCCAUCAAUGUGAUCAUUUUUACUGAACUAUUUUGAAAACAUUUUUGCAGAAUUGAUUGCUUACAGUGAGAUAAAAAUGUUCUUAUAAUGCUUUUUAACAUUGUAAGUUGUUUAAAAAUUCAAGCGAUCAAUUCUAAGUUUCCUUUUUUUUAUUUUUAAAAAUGUAUGGAUAUGUAACAAGAUUUCUUAUUUGACAAGUUUUUUAACUGUUGAAUUUAAUGUACCGAAGUGCAGUAAAAUUUUAAUGUACGAUUCAUUUGUAUUUAACUGUUGAUCAUGUUGGUGUUGUGAACUUAAUUUAAAUUUUCUUGCAAGAAAGUUAGUUCAACUUGUAUUUUCUUCUGUCUUCUCUCUUUUUUCUUCCUUUUUUUUUAAGACUUUUUUUUUUUUUUUAAUAAUCUUUCAAUAAUGACAAAUGUGUGUAUGACAAUAAUGUAUUCUAAUGAUUCCAUGAAUUUUUUUUAUUUUUUAGAUUGAAAUCUUAUUGAAUAUUGAGUUAUAUUUGACAUAGUAUCAUUUAUUUUUCUUUCAUUCAUUUUAUUAAUGCUUCAUUUGAGAAAUUGAAAAAAAAAAUUUUAUAAAAAAAAAGGGCUGAGUGUAAAAUUAAUGGAUAUGGCAAGUGAAGUAUUUACUUAAUUAAAUUUAUUUGUGCAAGUUCUCCAGUUAUUAUUUUUAUUUUAGAACCGUAGAUAAGUUGUAAAUAUUGAGAUAAAUAUUGUUUUUAGUUUUCUUAUAUAAUUCUAUUGUUUAAUUAAAGUUGAGCUUAUAUAUAUUUUUUAUAGUAACUAUAGCUCAUCUAUCCUUUUAAGUUACUUGCUUUAUUUCAUCACAAAAUUAAUUCUUCUGUUUACCCAGGUUUGUGCUGUUGUAUCAUUAUGAUUCCAGUGUGACUUUCAUUUUCUAGUUUGUUUUUUUUUUAAUUGUUAAUAUAUUUAAAUUUGUCAUUCAUACUAUGCUUUAAAACAUUUUCACAAUUCGGGCAAUGGUUGAUUGCAAUUUGCUCCAGUAUAUCUUAUAUAUCACUGAUGAUAAUAUCUAUGAUUCUGUUGUGCUUCAUAUAUAUUGGAAAUAUUUAUGGAAAUGUAUCAAAUAAAGAUUAUUCUGAACUUUU